AGGGGCUGAAAACUAGAAGUUCAGGCAGGCGGCCAGCUCUGCCUCUAGCAGGCGCUUGAGCAGGACAGCAGCCCCGUCGCUGCUGGCGGCUGGUCUGUAUGCCCAUCAGUCCGCCCAGGGGCCUCCAAUCAUCUGUAAGCCUGUCUGUCCAUCUGUCUGCCAUCCUGUCUCUGUCCAGUGUCUCUCUGACCGUCCUUCUCUUCCUAGCCUAUGUUCAGCUGUCUAGCCUGUCAAUCCAUUUGUCUGUCUCUGGCCUCCAUCUGUUCAUCGGUCCCAUCACCCGUGAAUCUGUGCAUUCAUCCACCCGCCUGUGUGUCCGUCCACCUGCCUUCUCUCUCCACUCUGAGCCUCAGAGCCAUGGCCCAAGGCCGCAGGGUCACGGCCAGCAUGGUCCUGCUGGGGUUGGGGCUGGCCCUGGCCAUUAUUGUGCCUGCCGUGGUCCUCUCUCGCCGCCACACCAGCUGUGGCCCCCAGGCCUUUAGCCGCGCUGCGGUCGCAGCUGACUCCAAGGUCUGCUCGGACAUUGGACGAGCCAUUCUGGAGCAGCAGGGCUCACCUGUGGAUGCCACCAUCGCAGCUCUGGUCUGCACUGGAGUCGUCAACCCUCAGAGCAUGGGCCUGGGCGGAGGGGUCAUCUUCACCAUCUAUAACGCAACCACGGGAAAGGUGGAAGUCAUCAAUGCCAGGGAGACAGUGCCCGCCAACUACGUCCCGGGUCUGCUGGACCAGUGUGAGCAGGCCCAGCCACUGGGCACAGGGGCCCAGUGGAUCGGAGUGCCAGGGGAGCUCCGUGGCUAUGCUGAGGCCCACCGCCGCCACGGCCGCCUGCCCUGGGCACAACUCUUCAGGCCCACCAUUUCCCUGCUCCGAGGGGACUACCGCAUGCCCUUCAUCCUCAGUCAGUUCCUGCAGAGUGACUUCCUGCGGCCUUCCUUAUACAAGACAUCCCUGAGGGAGCUCUUUUUCAACGGCACAGAACCCCUGAGGGCUCAGGACCCAUUCCCCUGGCCCGCACUGGCUGCCACCCUGGAAACUGUGGCCACGGAGGGGGCAGAGGCCUUCUACACAGGGACGCUGGGCCAGACGCUGCUGGAGGACAUUGCCAAUCAAGGCAGCAGGCUGACCCUGCAGGACCUGGCAUCGUUCCAGCCGGAGGUAGUAGAUGCCCUAGAGAUGCCCCUGGGGGACUACACCCUGUACUCACCGCCACCGCCUGCAGCGGGUGCGAUUCUCAGCCUUGUCCUCAACGUGCUCAAAGGGUUCAACUUCUCCUCAGAGUCAGUGGCCAGGUCCGAGGGGAGGACGAACUUGUACCAUCACCUCGUGGAGACACUCAAGUUUGCUGGGGGACAGAGGUGGCGGCUGUGGGACCCCCACAGCCACUUGGAUAUCCAGAACGUUUCCCAGGACCUGCUGGGAGAGACUUUGGCCCAGCAGAUCCGCCAGCAGAUCGACGCUCGGGGAGACCACCAGCUCAGCCACUACAGCCUGGCUGGGACCUGGGGCCGCCAGAUGGGCACGUCGCAUGUGUCUGUGCUGGGGGAGGACGGCAGUGCUGUGGCAGCCACCAGCACCAUCAACACGCCCUUUGGAGCAAUGCUGUACUCACCACGCACCGGCAUCCUCCUCAAUAACGAGCUUCUGGACCUAUGCUGGAGGCGUCCCCCGGGCUCCCAAGUCACCCCCCAACCCGUUCCAGGCGAGCGGCCUCCAUCGUCCAUGGUUCCCUCCAUCUUGGUCAACACAGCCCGGGGGUCAAAGCUGGUGAUUGGUGGGGCCGGUGGAGAGCUCAUCAUCUCUGCUGUGGCCCAGGCCAUCAUAAACAAGCUGUGGCUUGACUUUGACCUAAGAACUGCCAUUGCAGCCCCUAUCCUGCAUGUCAACAGCAAGGGCUACGUGGAGUAUGAGCCCACCUUCAGCCAGGAGGUGCGGAAGGGGCUCCAGGCCAGGGGCCACAACCACACCAGGAAUCCCUUUUUCCUGAAUGUGGUCCAGGCAGUGUCCCAGGACGGGGCCUGUGUGUAUGCUGCAGCGGACCCGAGGAAAGGUGGGGAGGCCUCAGGCUACUGAGGAGACUGCUCCUGAGAGCUGCAAUCUGGCCCCACCACCAGUGUGUGCCCAGGCCUGGCCUUGGCCUUGGGACCAGGAUCUGGACCUUCUGGCGGAGGGUCAGUCUGGGGCUGCAAGAGGUGGGGACAGCCUGGAAGAUGGAUGACUGUGGGGGCUGAGCCUUCUCCCAGAGCCCCUUGUGGCCGUGCCCCUGACUACCCCUGCCCCCACCAAGUCUUCCCUAGGCCUCUCACCCAGGACUGUGGCAUACCCUUGCCCCAGGCUGCACUCCCCACCUGUAUACUGUCUAGUCCAACAUUAAAGAGGAGGGUGGACCUCA